CAUCGGUCGAAGAGUCAUAGUUUAGGUCUUUUAUUUUUGUUCGGUGCGCAUGACUUUGGCUUUUAUGGUUUCUAAGGGCUGGGUUUUGGAGCGCAAUGGCCUCGAAUCUGAGUAAUCAAUCUCGUGAUGUGCUCAGCAAGAAUGUCAUGGUCAAUAAGGAGGAAUCCUUGGACAAUAUAACUCUCUUUUCGAUUAUAACCGUGAUGUCAUUUGUUUUAUUAUUCCCUGUGACUUUUUUCACGGAAGGUCUCAAGUUCACUCCUGCAUCCCUACAAGCCGCAGCGCAACAGGGAUUAAAUGUCCAGCAGGUAUUAACCAGGUCCUUCCUUGCAGCGUUGUGCUUCCAUGCAUACCAGCAGGUCUCUUACAUGAUACUACAGAGGGUAUCGCCAGUGACCCACUCCGUAGGAAACUGCGUGAAGCGUGUUGUGGUCAUUGUCAGCUUAGUUCUCUUCUUCCGAACUCCAGUUUCACCCAUAAAUUCCCUAGGUACGGGAGUGGCCCUUGCUGGAGUCUUUCUGUACUCGCGCGUGAAGCGCAUUAAGACCAAGCCAAAGACUGCUUGAAGGACCACCAAUGAUGCUCCGAAAGAACGAAACAGUAUCGGUAGUGGCAGGGUCCUAUGGAUACAUUGCGCCUGAGUACGGAUACACCAUGAAGGUUGACGAAAAGAUAGACAUAUACAGCUUCCGUGUCGUAGUGUUGGAGCUCAUCGCAGGCAAAAGGCCU